AUGCACCUCAAACCCAUUAUCCUUUCUGUUCCGUCCAGCAUGCUCGGCAGUCGGCUCAGCUCCGCCGCGUCGGGCUCGCUCGCCUGCCCUCUCCGGUCGUUAUCCAAGCAGCCUGUACGAUCAGCUCACACCAUGUCUACACAACUCAGCACAAAGACAAUAAUCCGGCCAUCUGCAUGCUCUGCCCUGCAGCAGGUCUCUCAGCCGAGGCCCCGUACUACCCCGUCCCCCCUCACCCGACACGUUGGCCUUCGUGCGCAAUCGACGUCCGCCCCGGGAACCGAACAAGUGAAGCUGGACUGGGACUCGUUCUUCAAGCUCCGGGCAUCUCGCCGCCGAUACUCGCUGGCUUCAUCAAUUGCAACCUCCCUCGCCAGCACCGCAGUCGGCGUGCAGGUGCUGUCAGCACAGGAUCUGGAAUCUCUCGGCGCACAGGUGAUGGGCCUGGACCCCUUCGUGGUCUUGGGUCUGGCGACAGCAGCAUGCGGUGCUGUGGGGUGGCUGGCUGGUCCAUUUGUCGGCAAUGCAGCCUGGGGGCUGGUAUACCGACGGUACAAGCCAUCUGUUGCGGUGAAAGAAAAGGAGUUCUUCGACCGCAUCCGCCGGUAUCGCGUGGAUCCGUCGACUAACUCGAUCGCCAACCCCGUGCCGGACUACUACGGCGAGAAGAUCGGCAGCGUGCAAGGAUACCGACAGUGGCUCAAGGACCAGCGGGCCUACAACCGGAAGCGUCGUAACUUCAUUAAGUGA